AUGACGGAUGCUAAUAUUCAUCCAUCCGUCAUAUUAAUUCGUGAUCGUUUACGUGAUAUAUUUCCUGAUGUAAAACUUCCUCUUGAAGUCAUCGGAUGGCAUAUUCGUCAAUCGACACCCAUCGAAACUAUCUGUUCAAAUAUCGCUACAGAAAUUCUUGUCUACGGUCAAGCAGUCGAUCCACGAAAAAGUCAAGCCGAAGAACAUACAGCUUCCAACGUCCCUACUACAAUAUCAACACCAAUAGCCACAACCAAUGACGACACUCUUCAAACACUCUAUGAUGUAUUCAAUUCUAUUCCUCGUGACCACAUAGACAAUGCCUAUGCUCGUUUAAAAAAUGCGAAUAAUCCAAAUUGGUAUGAUGAUAUCGUCAACGAAUUAUUGUCCUAUGACGGAGACAAAUCUGCAACAAAUAAACGAUCAACUGACCAAAUGAUUGUCGAUGAUAUAUUUGUUCCCGAUGAAUACAAUCGCUUAUUUGCUGUUCUACCUGAUUUGGAUCCUGAUUAUGCAUUACAACGUUACAUGCAAUAUCUUGAACAUUCAUCUAGCAAACCCGAUUUGAAUGUAUUAAUAACAAAUCUUAUCGAACAUGGUUAUGUUAAAUUAACUGAAAAAUUGGAACGUUCACGUAAUGAAAGAUUAAAGCAAAAUUUACGCGAACCAAAAUUUGAAAUUAAUGAGUUUCUGAAAACAUUCCCAAAUCCAUUAGAAUAUUUUUAUGAUCGAACAAAAAAUGUUUCCGAAUCGUACAAAUCACAUGCAUUUAUUUAUUUAGCCAAUGCAUUUGCUCGUGUGCCGAUUGGACAUAUUCGCGAAAUAUUAAGUAAUCAUAAUUAG